ACUGUAUUGAUCUGUGCAAAUUAACAAAAAACGCGGUCCGCUAACGAAUAUGGUUAUUUAGAAUCUAGUCGGAGUCACAACAAGACGCGUGGUGCGGACGACUGCAUUCAUUUGGACGAGAAGAAGAGUCGUGGAUGUUUGAGCGAACAUGAUGCCAAUUAAGAGAAAAUAUGAGGCGCUACAAGACGCAGAGAAUCGAGUUUAUCGGUCGACGUCUAAAAUGAUGAUAGACGAUGAAGACCUUUUGAUCUUACAACCGGCUUGCAGGCUACGAGAUUUGGAGAUUCAAUGCGUCAUCGAAGAAGUACUACGAGGUAAUUUAAAAGGAGUAUUCUACAAUGCUUGGGAUUCGGAGGCAAGGAGUUCUUUCCUUCGUGAAGUUAUUAAGCAAGAGUUACGAAAAACACGCGUCAAGUUAUCAAGUGUAGCAGUACUUGUGAUGAUCGGAGAAGCUAGUGAUACAAGCAUCGAGAAAGCAAGCCAUCGAGUUUGGAAACCUGACUACGAUAGCUUUACAUCAGCUUGGUAUAGGAACGAUUCAAUAUUUGCUAUUGGAACAGUAUUCGUAAACUACGACGCCUCAGUUCGACAUGUAUAGACUAUUAUAGACUGUUAUAAAACUGUAAAGGAAUCAACAGAACGCUAAAACCUCUUUCCAGGGUUAACCAAAGAUUUCAAUAGCAUAAAACAUCGGUUACAGAGUUGAAGAGUUUAGAUGUCAGGAUGAAUGACAGUUGUGAGAGAAACACAUGUUAAGUUCACAUCAUAGUGUAGUAGUGUUUCCUCAAGAACAAGGAAAACAAGGUCAAACUUUAAGCUAAUAAAGCUUCAUUUUAGAGCAGUUUAAGAUGAAACGCUGCAAGACUAGCCUGGUUUUGUUGAAAAUUUUCACGAGAAGAAAUACGAGAGAAAACAAGACAGAGAGGUGCUUCCUUGAAGCUCAAGAAUGAACUAAAAUCAUAAGAUAAAGAUAUCAAAAUCUCUUUUGCUUGUAUUAGUUCAUUUUUCAAAAUUGUAAAGAUUUUUCACGAUCGUUAUGAAUA